CCACCAACUCAUAUUAGCCGAAACGCGUAUUUAAGCGGCGCGACGCGCCGUCCCCCUUUAACCCUCCUAUAUAACUUAGCCAAAAUGCCACCUUUACGCACUCCUUUGCGCUCUAUCUCUGGAAAUCGUCCUAAGGGGUCAGAGAUCUCUCCUUAUAUGCGUGGUCAAGUAGCAGGGAAAGCUUCUGAGGGUGCUAAAAUAGCUAAGAUUGCAAAGGCUCUAAAAUUAACGCGCAGCACCGUCAAUUACAUACUUCAGUAGGACGAAAUACGCACCGAUAGGCACUCCCUACCACGAAAGCCUAGGGGCAAAUCAUAUACCAAUGCUAACGAACGUCGAAUCCUCCGAUACGUUCGCCUAAACCCAAAGGAUACAUACCAGCAAGUCAUUAAUUAGUUAGAGCUGGGUUACAGGCGUGAAACGAUUAAGAAGAUCCUUAAGAAGCAUGGCAUAGGCAAUUAAA